UGAGACCAAUUGGAAAUAUCGAUAUUAUAGAUGUAACCGCUAUCGAUAGUGUCAUCGAUCUUAGGCUUAUGUCAAUGAUCGCGGUAAAGCAGAUCAAAGUCUUGCAUUAGCUAAGCUGGUUAACAAUCACUUCAUUCCACACUGUGAUAAGCAGUUCAACAACAUGUUAAGCAGCAACAACGUGUCGACGCCGCAGCAACAACAGCAGCAGCAUGUGCGCAUUGAGGGUCAUGAUCAACAGGUGGUGGCUACGUCGUCGGCUGCAACGCUGUCCAUUGCUGAAAGUAAGGAAUUAACCGGUUUAACGCAUGAAUGCGGAGUCUUUGGUGCGAUCGCCUGUGGCGACUGGCCCACCCAGAUAGAUAUUGCUCACGUAAUAUGUUUGGGCUUAGUAGCUCUGCAGCAUCGUGGACAGGAGUCGGCUGGCAUAGCAACAAGCGAGGGAAAAUGCUCCAAGAACUUCAAUGUUCACAAGGGCAUGGGCAUGAUCAGCACCCUGUUUAACGACGACUCGAUGAAGAAGCUGCGAGGCAACUUGGGCAUUGGCCAUACACGCUACUCCACUGCUGGUGCAUCGGAAGUGGUCAACUGUCAGCCAUUUGUCGUGCAUACGGCACAUGGCGCCAUGGCGCUGGCCCACAACGGCGAGCUGGUCAACAAUGAAUCUCUGCGCCGCGAAGUGUUGGGUCGUGGUGUCGGCUUGUCCACACACAGUGAUAGUGAAUUGAUAGCUCAAUCUCUAUGCUGCGCGCCGGAGGGCGUGUCUGAGCAUGACGGACCCAACUGGCCGGCACGCAUCAGGCACUUUAUGAUGUUUGCCCCAUUGUCCUAUUCGCUGGUCAUUAUGCUGAAGGACAAGAUCUAUGCCGUACGAGAUACGUAUGGAAAUCGGCCGCUAUGCAUUGGCAAAAUUGUACCCAUUAACUCUGGCCAUGCGGGCAACAGCACUGAAACUCCAGCUGAUGGUUGGGUGGUGUCAAGCGAGAGCUGCGGCUUCUUGUCUAUUGGCGCCCGCUAUGAGCGUGAAGUGGAGCCCGGCGAAAUUGUGGAGCUGACGCGCAAGGGCUAUCGGACCGUGGACAUUGUGGAGCGUCCAGAUUUUAAGCGAAUGGCCUUUUGCAUCUUCGAGUACGUCUACUUCGCCCGAAGCGACAGCAUCUUUGAGGGACAAAUGGUGUACUCGGUCCGCUUGGAGUGCGGACGUCAGCUCUGGCGCGAGGCACCAGUUGAUGCUGAUAUUGUGAGCUCAGUGCCAGAGUCAGGGACUGCGGCAGCUCAUGGUUAUGCCCGGGAGUCUAAUCUGGAGUUUGCUGAGGUUCUGUGUCGAAACCGCUAUGUGGGACGCACGUUCAUUCAACCCUCGACUCGCUUGCGGCAGCUGGGCGUUGCCAAGAAAUUUGGAGCACUGUCUGAGAAUGUAGCCGGCAAGCGACUGGUACUAAUAGACGACUCAAUUGUGCGCGGCAAUACAAUCGGCCCCAUUAUCAAGCUGCUGCGUGACGCUGGGGCUUUGGAGGUGCACAUUCGCAUAGCCAGCCCCCCGCUCCAAUAUCCCUGCUACAUGGGCAUCAACAUACCCACGCGCGAAGAGCUUAUCGCCAACAAGUUAAACGCCAAGCAACUGGCCCGUCAUGUGGGCGCCGACAGUCUGGCCUACCUGAGUGUAGCUGGCUUGGUCCAGACAGUUCAGCGCAAGCAUGUGGCAUCUGGCAAGCCAACAGGUCAUUGCACUGCCUGCCUAACUGGCGAAUAUCCUGGCGGAUUGCCUGACGAGCUGAGCUGGUGAACAUUCCCAGUAUAAAAAAAUGAAAACUUUGCAGUAUAAAGCCAACGAGCGCUCAAUAUUACUGUCACAAAAUAUGUAGUUGCAUUUAACGCCUCACUUGUGAAGCACGUAUCCAUUUCAAUUUUCUCCAUUUUCUAUAUAGUAAUUAUUAAGCUCAAAUUAUACAUUUUAUACUAAAUUAGACAUACGUAUGUAGUAGCUUUUCAGUGAAAAGCACUUUUUCCCUACAAAUAUGACAAUUAUUGUACAAAAGGAAUAGCCACCAAUAUUGCCACCGAAUGGCCAAUUAUUAUACAUUGUUACCAUUUAUUGUUUAGCUUCAUAAAUUAUGAAUGCCAAUAAUAAAAGACAUUUAGCACAAG